AUGGCCGAUCCAUUCGAGGUGCGCAUGCGCUUUUCGACGCAGCUCCAGCACCUCAGCGCGUCGGUGACCUCGUCGCAGAAAGCCGCCCACUAUGCGCUCAAAUACCGGGAUAUGGACGAGGAUCUUCACUCGUGUAUCUUGGAACAACUGGAAAGGAAUAACAUGAACAACCGGGCAAACAUCAUGUAUUUCAUCGAGCACUUUUGCGAAAUGGCCAGCAAAGAGAACCAUCUGCCGUACGUCCGGAUGAUCAGACGAGACAUUUUCCGCAUUGUGGAUGCCGUCGCGCCAGCCGAUGGAUCCGGCGCCGCGAACGUGAAGCACGUCCGCCGGGUUCUGAACGGGCUACAGAGCAAAGAGAUCAUUCCCGCGGAGACCGUGGCGGAGAUUGACGCCGGGCUGAAAGAACGCGAAACCCACCCGGCCCAUCUUGAUCUCGAAGCGGAAGAAGGGCAAGAAGGCAGCGGCAAGUCCAAGGGCGGGACUCCACGCGGGUCCAGGACGAACGGGAUGCGCGUCGACAAGAGACAGAUCGAGCAGCGCAUCGAAGAGGAUCGAGAGCGCAACAAACGGCUACGGGAGAGUAUGUGGGCUGUCAACGGGGACGACGGCGAAGAACAUGCCCGCUUCUGGGACGAAACCAGUGAUCUCGGCGAGGACGAUCUGAUCGAUGCUCUGGAGGAGUCCACUGAGCGGACUCGAAUGGCUUACGCGCAAUAA